AUGCUGUUUGAAUAUAAAAGCUCUUCAACAGACUGCGAGGAGCUAUACAUGAAAAAGGCACCAGUGUAUGGAUCAGUAUUUCCAGAGCUGGUGAAGUAUGGUUCACCAAUAUUGUUGAAGAUGCUAAGGAGGCGGUUUGAAAGAGUAUUAAAUGAAGAAGAUACUGUAUCGGAAUGGAAAAUAUGUUAUAAAAGACCAGUGCAUAAGGAAGGGUCACGUAAUGAUCCAAAUUAUUAUAGGGGAUUGGCAGUGAUCCCCUUCGUUGGAGGACUGUACUCGAAACUAUUGAAAGACCCUGUAGAGAACGAAACAAGUUAUAAGCAGCAAGAAGAGCAAGCAGGAUUCCAAGCUGGAAGAUCGGUAAUGGACAACAUCUUCACAAUGAAACUAAUAUGUUGGACUGAGACUCAUGUUGCAUUGAAUGACCUAGAGAAACUAUACGAUAAUGUACCCAUGAACAAACUGCGGGAAAAGUUGAGAGAGACAGAUAAAGGUUGCUAA